AUGAGAGGAUCGCAACUACUUGUGACUGUCGUGCUAGCGGCCUUGGUUGGAAGGAGCAGCGCAGCUUCCAUCCGAAAGGUGACUGUGGUUAGUGCAACUUGUCAGGGAGCGUCCGGGCCAUUUCCGAACCCGGACAGCUGCUCAAGCUUCCUUCAGUGCGAGCCGUCAGGUGUCGCAACGGUCAUCCCGUGCCCAGCAAACCUCGAGUUCAAUCCAAUGCUGAGGGUGUGCGACUACCCGGAGAGAGCUGGCUGCUCCUCAUCCUCGUCUCCGCCUGCUGACGACGACAAUGGUUCUGGUGGGGGAUCAGACGACAAUGGAGGCAAUUCUCCAGCUCCACCUUCUGACGACGCCCCCACCUGUCCACCGUGGAAUCCUGAUGACGUCACCCAGCUCCCCAAUCCGAAUGACUGCAGCAUCUUCUACAAGUGUGACGAGAACGGCGUUGCCUGGGUCAUUGAAUGCCCAGCUGGUCUCGAAUACAAUGCAGAGCUGAGAGUGUGUGAUUAUCCAGAAAAUGCUGGUUGCUCAAGCAACCCGUCGGAAGAUACGCCCUCUGAAGGGGAUGAAGAUGACGAAAAUUCUAAUGGAGGUAAUGAGGUAAGCCCGAAUCCACCAGCUGGAGAUGCUCCUACAUGUCCAGAGUGGAAUCCAAACGACGUCACGCAGUUGCCCAAUCCAAAUGACUGCAGUAGCUUCUACAAAUGCGACGAGAAUGGUGCGGCUUGGCUCAUACCGUGCCCGGAUGGACUAGAGUACAACGCGGAGCUGAGAGUGUGCGAUUACCCAGAAAGUGCCGGUUGCUCUUCGUCAGCUACACCAAGUAACCCACCUGGCGACGACCCCUCUGACGACGAUCAGGAGAAUGGUAACGCCGACUCUGGUAACGGCUAA